AUGGCCAAGGUUGCAACCGAAUUCGAGAAGAUUAUCCAGGAAGGACGAGAGAGGAAGAAGAACGAGGCGCUGGCCCAGAAGAUCUUUUCGAAGGAUAGACGACAAAGCGCCCCGUCGAAGCUCAAGCCUGGCGCAGGUCCUUCGCUGGCUAGCAGAGUUGGUGUCAAGAAGCGCUUGAUACAGCAGCGUACCGCCUCCCUCGGUCCCAAGGCCGUUCCCGCUGGUAAUAUCGACGGCGACUGGACGCAUGAUCUCCAUGGCACAGUGAGCGGCGGACGGAACGGCGCCGGAGCUGGUGGCCUUGCGUCUCGCAUCUCGGCGCCUGGAGGCAAGCCCUCCGCGGCCACGAUGAGCAGACGAAAUGAGCGACGGAACGAACAGAGGGCCGCGAGGGUUGCGAAUGCGAUUGAGCGCUCCGAUGCCAUGGCCGACGUGCAAAUGACACCCGCUUCCGCAGCGAGACCAGGUCUUUCUAUUCGGGGUCUCGCGGGUCCCUUUGCCGUCAUGGCACAGAACUUCGCGCCCGGCACCACGGCCGCUGACAUCGAGAGCGCGAUGACACCCGUAGGCGGUGAGAUGCUUAGUUGCCGGAUUCUCAAGACGAUGCCGUUGCUCGUGGCGGAAAUGGUCUUCGCUACCAAGGAGGGCGGCGAUGCUGUGAUCUCUACGUUCAACAACCAGACCGCCGACGGGCGUGUUAUCAAGGUGUACCCCAAGCCCGGCGGUUACAAGGACACCACUGCGCCAGCAAGCACUAACGUAUCCCGCAAUGCUCGCCCUACAUCGAGCAAUGUCAUUGACGGAUCUAACGGCUUCCCUGAGCCUGUCCAGGCCGACAACACCGGAGGCAACGGCCUCUACAGUGAUAAGAUGGUUGGUAGAGGCAACGGCGGCGGCGGCGGCGGUAACCGCAGAGGACACGGUUGGAACCGCGGCGGACGGCGGUAA